AUGGAACUGGAAGAAGCAACAAUUGGUGCACCCCUUGUCGGCAAAAACAUCUACUGGUCAUCGCUGAUAGCAGGUGGAGUUGCCGGAAUAGUAGUAGAUGUAGUGUUGUUUCCCAUUGAUACAAUCAAAACGCGUUUGCAAAGUGAGCGUGGUUUCAUCGCUUCCGGUGGUUUUCGCGGUGUCUACAAAGGUCUUGCACCCGCCGCGGCUGGUAGUGCACCAACAUCAGCUCUCUUCUUCUGCACGUACGAAACCAUGAAGACGCACCUCCGCCAAUACGCGGCCCCCGAGCAGCUUCCGUACGUACACAUGGUAUCUGCAGCAGCGGCUGAAGUUGUUGCUUGUCUAAUUCGCGUGCCAAUAGAGAUAGCAAAACAACGCCGGCAGGCAAUGCUGCAAAGCGGUAGAGCAUCCUCAUUAGAAAUACUGUACACAGCGCUAAAGAAGGAAGGUGUUCGCAAGGGUCUAUAUCGUGGUUUUGGGACGACCGUGAUGCGCGAUAUACCCUUUUCGCUGAUUCAAUUUCCACUGUGGGAAUACUUCAAGCUACACUGGACCGAUGUGACCGGCACCGCGCUAACUCCAGUGUCGGUGGCGAUCUGCGGUGCCGUUUCGGGAGGAAUUGCGGCUGGUCUGACGACACCGCUGGACGUAGCGAAAACACGUAUCAUGCUAGCGGACAGCAAUCGUGUCGGCGGAAUGGGACGAAUACUGCGCAGCAUAUACCGGGAGCGUGGAAUUCGAGGUGUAUUUGCCGGAUUUGUUCCGCGCGUUACAUGGAUCACCCUCGGUGGUGCCAUAUUUUUUGGCAUGUAUGAUCUCACUAGACGAUUCUUGGACGAUAAUGAGAACAGCUAAUGAAACAUCGCUGUUGUCGUUUGCGUACAUGAAGGAGAACUAAAAACAAUCGCUGUUAGUGUUGA